AUGCCCGCUAAAGAUAAUGGGACGAGCAGACGUGACUUCUCGCUGUCGAUCCAGGAGACGAACAAGCUGCGCGCCCAGCUCGGCCUCGCCCCGCUUGAAGAGGACACAGGUCCGAAAGCAGACAACUGGGGAGACAAGAAGCGCGACGACGCCAUCAAGGAGAAAAUCGAGGUGGCGAAGAAGAAGCGAGAGGUCUACUCAAAAGUGCUCAAAUCAAGAGGGCUCGCUGAUGAUAGCUCGGAUGACGAGGCUUCGGGAUGGGUGACAAAACAGCGACAGCUUGAUGAAGAGAAAAAGAAGGCGGAAGAGAGGGCGAAGGCGCUCGACGCGCUGGACGAGGAGCUCGCCGAUUCCGGCGCUAUUGAGGGCCAGAGCAAGAAAAAGAAGACGGGCAAGAAGAAGCCAGCGGGCAACGCGAUGACGGGCGGCCUGACCAUCGGCCACAGCAAAGACGAAUUCCUCUCCGGCCAGGAGCAGAUUCUCGUCCUCGAGGACAAGGGCGUUCUCGACGACGGCGAGGAGGUGCUCGUCAACCCGAACAUUGUCGACAAGGAGCGCACGACGCGAAAUGUCGACCUGAAGAAGAAGAGAGGCGCCAGAGAGUAUGGAGACGACUUGGACGAGUUCGGAAAUCCAAAAGAGGGCAUGCUGUCGAAAUAUGAUGAGAUGGACGGGCCGGAGAGGACGACGUUUCGAUUGGAUGAUAGGGGAGAGGUGGACAUCGAGAAAGAGAAGGAAGAACGCGAAAUGCGCCAACGUCUCCUGAUGGCCGGCAAGAUUCUCGUCAACCUCGACGACAGCAACAAGUUCACCCGCGCCUCCGAAUUCUACACCCAAGAGGAGAUGAUCUCUUUCCGGAAAGUGAAGAAGGAGAAGAAGGAAAAGAAGCUGCGAAAGAGGGGAGGCAAAGAGAAGGGCGGCAUGCUGAAGGCUGAUGAUCUCGUCCCUGUUGAACCUGCUGGAGGCGCUGAUCGCGGCAGCAGGUCCCGCCGCCGUCAUGGCAGCGACGACGAGGAGCAGAUGGACACUUCUGUCGUCAAGAAGGAGCCAAAGCGAGAGGCGAGAGAUGGAGAGGAUGGAGAGAUCGAGACAGAGAUGCCAGACGGAGCAACGGGGAAAUGGAAGAGGACACAGCAACAACAAGUCGAUAUUGAUGCCCUGAAGAGGAUUGUCGAGAGGGAAAUGGCUGAGGAGGAUGAUGAGAGUGAUGACGACAUAAUUCCCGGGAUCAACCUGGACGACGUGCUGAUCGACGAUGAUGCGGAGGAUGAGCUUCAGUCGAUGCUCGAGAAGGCCAGACGAUUGAAACAACAGCCAACAAGGACGGCUGGUGCUCGGGAUAUCAAGGUCGAAGUCAAGGAGGAACCGAUGGAGGAGGGAGAGCAGCAGAUGCAGGCAGACGACGAUGACGGCCUCGUGCUCAUCGAUUCGACCAUGGAAUAUUGCCGCAAUAUCGGAGAGAUCAGAACCCAUGGCAUUGCCGGGAAUAGAGAUGACGCCAUCGACUAUGAGGAAGAUGAGAGGGAGGCGGAAGAGCCGCAGAGAGAGGAGGACGAGGCCGAGAAGAAACCCGACCCACUGAUGGCACAGAAGGCUGAGGACGAGGAGAUCAAGAGGAUUCGAGCCCUGAAGGAGAAGAAGCGUCGCCAGGCGGCUGCUGCCAAGGAAUCGCGUGGAGGUUGGAUGGAGCCGACGAGCACCUCGGCCCUCGACGCCGAGGAUGAAGCCGCCCUGCGCGACGUCAAGGGGGAGUGGCACGGGUCAGAAUCUGAGGGCGAGGCUGAUGAUGAGGAUCGGGAAGAGGAGGACGUGCUCGGAGGGGAAAUUGACGCCACGAAGGGAGUCGGCGCCAUGCUGAAGCUCGCUUCCAAGAAAGGCUACCUGACCGACAUGGGCCGCUCGAAGACGUCCGGCGAGAAUCUCGACCAUCUCAAGAGUCGCAACUUCUCCAAGGUCGACAGCGGCAGAUUCGACAUAGACGAGAAGUACACGAAGAAGCUGGAAAAGAUGGGCACCACCGGAAGGGGACCGACGAUGGAAUUCUGCGAAAAGAAAGGAUACAAGCCAGAAGUCGACAUCAGCUAUGUCGAUAAUAAGGGCCGAGAGCUCGAGUCGAAGGACGCCUUCCGGCAGCUCUCGUGGAAAUUCCACGGCAAAAUGCCGGGCAAGAAGCAGCAGGAGAAGCGUGCUCGACAAAUCGAUCAGAAGGAGCUGCUCAAGAACUAUCAAAGCAGUUCGGAUACUCCCCUCGGAACAUUGGCCCGCCAGAGGAAGAAGCAGGAACAACUCCAGACGCCCUAUCUCGUCCUUUCCGGCAAUGUCAAUCAUGCCCACUUCAAGAAGGAA